AUGUCAUCCAGGACGACUCGCUCCUCUGCGAGACUUGCCACAGACCCUCCUCCUGACGCUGACACCGGUUCGACUACGACGCACGCCGCUGGCUCGGCUCCCUCCCGGAAACGCAAAGCUCCUGGUCGCCGGGAUCGACACCCAGACACCCAGAACCAGCCACCGGCCCCCUCUUCCCCCCGGCGAUCAAAACGACAGAAGACCACAGCGUCUCAUCCAGCUGCAUCUGCUGGUCCCGCUGCCCCUGUCCCUCGUCGAUCUGCCGCCACUCGUGGUCGAACAGCGAUGUCACAGCCGGGACCAUCUUCUCGCCCCUCGGAGGAAUCGAAGUCAACUACAUCACCGCCACCUUCACGGCGGAGAUCGAGCCGGAAUGAUCGCCUCGCAGCAACGCAGUCACCGCCUCCGCGACGAUCGAAGAAGCGCGCCCCAAAGACAAAUCCCGAUUCAAUAAUGCGAGACGCGGAGGAGGAUUUGGAGGAGGAGCAAGAGACCAGGGACGAGAUGGAGGGAUCUCCAACCGGAGAAAGUAAUGACGACACGAAUCACUCGGCAUUUGACGAUGAGGACCUGGACCCAUUCUCAAGCAGCCUUUUCGGGGGCCGCGGACCGAUGGGUCUGCAGAGCACCCUUCGUGCGCUCAGCGGCAUCAUGUCGGGCAUGUCCAGUCGUCUUCGAGAUAUCCUUUGUAACCUGAGAGCGAAGGACGAUCCGUCCGUUCAAUUGAUAGCUCUACAAGAGUUGUCAGAUCUUUUACUCGUUUCAAACGAAGACAACCUCUCUGGCCAAUUCUCUCCAGAUCCAUACGUUAAGGAAUUGGUCACUUUAAUGCAACCAAAUCAGUUCGGCGAAGAGAAUCCCGAAAUAAUGCUUCUCGCAUGCCGCUGCCUUGCGAACCUAAUGGAAGCUCUACGCGGCUCGGUCGCCAAUGUCGUCUAUGGCGGUGCCGUUCCCAUCCUCUGCCAAAAGCUCUUGGACAUCCAGUUCAUCGACCUUGCUGAACAGGCUCUUAGUACUUUGGCCAAAAUCUCCGUCGAUUUUCCUGCUUCAAUCGUCCGAGAAGGAGGUCUUACAGCCUGCCUGACGUAUCUUGAUUUCUUCCCAACGAGCACUCAACGGACCGCCGUCACCACCGCGGCCAAUUGCUGCCGCAGUCUUCCUCAUGACUCUUUCCCUGUGGUGCGGGAUGUGAUGGGUACUCUGCUCAAUGUUCUUUCCAGCAAUGAUCCCAAAGUCGUCGAACAGGGCUGCCUCUGCGUCUCUCGAAUUGUCGAGAGCUUCAAACACCGACCCGCAAACUUGGAGGAGCUGAUUGAACCUGCUUUGCUCAAGGCUGUCCUUCGCCUCUUGCUGCCAGGUACUACAAACCUGAUCGGCCCGCACAUCCACACCCAAUUCCUUCGGGUCCUAGCAAUCACAGCCAAGGUCAGCCCGCGCUUGUCGAUCGAACUCCUAAAGAUGGAUGUCGUGGACACGCUUUACCAGAUAUUGACAGGCGUGUCGCCCCCUCAAGACGUGGAUAGCACGGGCGUCAAGAUGGACAGCGUCUUGGUCAUGCAGGCAUUGAUCCACCGUCCUCGCGAGCAGGUCUUCGAGACUCUCAAUGUUGUCUGCGAAUUGCUGCCCGGUGUCCCCAAUCGCGAGGCUUCAAAGACAGACAGCGUACUAAGCUCCUACUUUGACAGCAGCAUGUCCAUCGGCAUCAAGUCGUCCAAGAUUAAGGAGGCCCCGGAGGAGAGACGGGCAUCGAUGGACAAUUGCAAAUCUGAACUGAAGCGCUUUGCUAUGAUCCUUUUCCCCACUUUGACCGAUGCAUACUCUAGCACGGUCAAUCUACAUGUUCGCCAGAAGGUUCUGAUUGCGCAGCUGAAAAUGUUGCACAUCCUGGAGCCCAGCCUGAUUGAAGAUGCUUUACGUACAGUGCCGUAUCCGUCGUUCCUGGCUUCUAUCCUUUCGCAAAAGGACCAUCCAUCGCUCGUGUCGCUCGCUCUUCGUUGCGCUGAACUUUUAUUCCAGCGUCUGGAGCACGUUUAUCAGCAUCAAUUCCAUCGAGAAGGUGUCAUUUCGGAAAUCGUAAAACUUGCCGAGGCCCCUCUCUCUGGUGACCAGGAGGCGGCAACCCCGGCUGAUGCGAAGAAGAGCUCAGCCGACACAUCCAGCGCUGCUGAUGCCGACUCAGAAGAUGCGCAAGCAGCCAGGAACAAAAAGAACGAGGAUGCCGAAGACAAUGCUGGUGAUGACUUUGACGAUGAGGAUGAAGAAGAUGACGAGGACCAAGACGAUAAUGAGGAUGAUUCUGACUCGGACAGCUCUUCCGUCGAUGGUCGCCAGUCUCUUGCGAAGAUGGACAAUGCCCUCAAUGACCUGGUCAUUCGCGAUGCUCAAGCCUUCCUUAAAAUCUACGAAGCGGGCCAAGGAGCUACCGUGCGUGCCGAGGCUCAGAAGAUCUUGACGGAGUUGCAGGCAUUGGCAGCCAAAAUCCGAACCUUCUACUCUUCCGGCAACGAGAAAGAAGGUGUUGCCCUCUUUAAAAGUCUGGCUGAUUAUUUCGACGGAGACGCACUGAAGAGCAUCACAAGCUCGGAGCUGCUGAACUCGGGCAUCAUCCAGGUCCUCCUGGACGUUCUCGCUGACUUCAAAGCUUCCUCCUCCAUCCGCCACGCCCGUGCAGCCUUCUUGCAAGCCUUCAUGGGUACGACAAUCUCCGAGAAAGCCCAGAGCCAGAGCACUGCGACUACUCCCUUCAGCGUACUGAUCAGAAAGUUACAAGACUUGCUUAGUAGGACUGAGCAUUUUGAAGUGAUUACUGUCAGCCAUAAUUCUCUAGAGAAUACCCGCACCAACGCUACCUACAUGCUUGGGAAACAGCUUCGCCUUAGGCUGGUUGCAGAAGAUGGCUCCGAGGUCCCCCGUCCGUACAAGAACAUCAUGGUCUCGAUUCACGCCAUCGCCACGUUCAAAGCUUUGGACGACUUCCUUCAGCCACGAAUCGCCAUGUCGGAGCGUCCUCGUCAGUCCCGUACCCGAGACUCUAUUCUUUCCCAACUUGCCCAAGCAGCCAACCUUCGCGACCAGCUUGCUUCGUCGAACUCGCCUCGGCCACCUGGCGGAAGCCUUCCAACUCGGCCUGCAGCCACACAGGGCAAUACCAACGAAUCGACAGAGCAGCACCAGAAUCAUGGAUCCGGAGGCACUCACAGACAUCGGCGUAUGGCGUUCCACGAGGACGACGACGAGCAUGAUGACGAGCCUCUUGAGUGUGCCGAUGAGAGGCAAUUAAGUGAAGACGAGGACGAGGAUGUCGACGAGGGUGACGAGGAUGAGGAACUUAAUACUAUCGUUGAUGACCUUGAGGACGACCUGGAAGACGACAAUGUCCAGGAUCCUACGGCCGUCAACCUAGAGGUUGGGUCUUCGGGCAAGGUUACGGCUCGCAAGGAAGACGGUACUCGAAUUGGGACUCCAUCCCAGUCCACCCCGGCAUCCAAACCUGCAUCUUCAGCCCCCAGCACCGCUUCAUCUCACCCCGCUGGCCACAGCUCAAUUGCAACUGCUGGCCGUCCAUUCUCCUCGUACGCUGCGGCGAUGGCGUCCGUCCCCCAAGACUGGCACAUUGAGUUCUUUGUGGAUGGCAGGCCCAUUGCCAGUGACACUACAGUCUACCGGGCGGUUCAUCACAAUCGAGAACAUGUAGACGAGGCCAACCCUAAGAAUGUCUGGUCUGCCGUUCACACUGUCACUUUCCGCCGCGUGCCAGGUCCGCCCCCACCCGAGCCAUCGUCUCUCGCCGCUGGUGGACAAGAUUCCACAUCAGAAGACGAGAGCUUGGAAAUGCCUGCGUCCCUUAGUAAAGAUGCAAUCACGGCUUCGAUUCUCCGCUUACUUCGUGUUCUCCAUGAAAUGAACGCAACUAUCGACGACAUCCUGACGGAGACUCGGGAUCAUGCCAACAUUACCCCCGAGCCUCUAGCCCAAUUCAUCAAUACGAAGCUCACUGCCAAGGUGAACCGCCAGCUCGAGGAACCGUUGAUCGUCGCGAGCAGCUGUCUUCCGAGCUGGAGCGAGGAUUUAGCACGGUUAUUCUCCUUCCUGUUCCCCUUUGAGACGCGUCACCUAUUCUUGCAAUCUACCGCAUUCGGUUACUCGCGUGCUAUGAUGAGAUGGCACAAUUCGCAGACUACCGAGGAUAGCCGUCGUGACUUGCGCCGUGACGAUCGACCAUUCCUUGGUCGCUUGCAACGACAAAAGGUGCGCAUUUCGCGUUCUCGCAUUCUAGACUCUGCUAUGAAGGUUAUGGAGCUUUACGGGUCGUCACCCAGUGUGCUCGAGGUGGAAUACUUCGAAGAAGUCGGAACUGGACUGGGCCCUACCCUCGAGUUCUACUCCACAGUCUCCAAAGAGUUCUCGAGAAAGAAGCUCAAGAUCUGGAGGGAAACUGAAGCCAUCUCUACUGCUGAGUAUGCCUUUGGCAAACGUGGUCUCUUCCCUGCCCCAAUGAGUGAAGAACAUGCCUCCCAGGAAGCAGGCAAGAAGCAAUUGAACCUUUUCAAGAUCCUUGGAAAAUUCGUCGCCCGCUCCAUGCUUGACUCGCGCAUUAUCGAUAUCUCUUUCAACCCAGCUUUCUUCCGUAUUGCGGACACGCUCUCAUCUGUCGCACCCUCGCUAGGCACAGUCAAGGCUGUCGAUGAAGACCUUGCCAAGUCUCUCAUCAUGUUGAAGCAGUUUGUCAAGGCCAAAGAUGCUAUCAACAAUGACAAGACCUUGUCCUCGCACCAGAAGGCACAGGCUGUGGAGAAUAUCCGAGUUGACGGAGUUCGAGUUGAGGAUCUGAGCUUGGACUUCACCCUCCCCGGUUAUCCCAAUAUUGAACUGACCGCAGAUGGGUCUAAUGUUCCACUCACCAUUGAGAACGUUGACCAGUAUGUGGACGGCGUCAUUGACAUGACCCUUGGUAGCGGUGUUCAACGCCAAGUGGACGCCUUCCGGGCUGGCUUCUCCCAGGUCUUCCCCUUCUCGGCUCUCCGUGCAUUCACCCCGAACGAACUCGUCAUGCUUUUCGGACAGGCCGAGGAGGACUGGUCAAUCGAAACUCUGAUGGACUCCAUCAAGGCGGAUCAUGGGUUCAACAUGGAUAGCAAGAGUGUACGCAACUUGCUUCACACCAUGUGUGAAUUGGACCCUCAGCAACGCCGUGACUUCCUGCAAUUUGUUACGGGUAGCCCGAAACUCCCUAUUGGCGGUUUCAAGAGUCUUACGCCUAUCUUCACGGUCGUGUGCCGCCCGAGCGAGCCCCCUUACACCCCGGACGACUAUCUGCCAAGUGUCAUGACCUGCGUGAACUAUCUCAAAUUGCCCGACUACAGCAGUUUGGACGCUCUCAAAGAGCGACUAUCGGUUGCCAUCAAGGAAGGACAAGGCGCAUUCCACCUCUCCUAG